UUCCUGAUCGUUUCUAUGCUUCUGUACUGUAGUUCUAUGCUUCAUUGUUAGCAAAACGAUAACACUGCCUCAAUGUAAACAGGUGUUCAUUCAACCCAAAUGUAACCGUCAGCAUUCAACAAAACUUUCAAUAGAGAAGUGACGUAGGAUUGUUGAAAUGGUGAGUACUGCCUGGGCUAAAUGUGUUAUCUACUGAUACCCCGAGUCACCCGUGUAUAUCAACAGUGAGCAACAUGGCACUGUUCUUGUGUGUGCAUGUCCUUUGGUCUGUGUUAUUAUCCGAAACUGUUUUUGCUGCAACGACAGUAACAUCAAACAUUACUAGCAACCUUGGUGGAAGCGAAACGACGCCCGUUACUACACCCUCAAAACCAACAAGGAUAUUCAAUGAUGGACACUGUGAACUCAUUUCUUCAGAUUCCAAAAUUUAUGAUGAGCUUAGCGAAGCUUUGAAAAGCAGCAUGAAACUGAUCACGUUUAAUAUGAAAAUAACAGGUUCUCAUGGUGAUAUGUUCACGGCGAAUGGCAGUGAUUUAUUUCGUCCGAAUCUAUGGAUAAGAUCUACCAGUAGGCAAGGACGAAGUUUGUUGAUGUUGGAUGACAACUUUGAAGUACUAUCGUUGUCGUUGCUAGGAAUAGGAGUGACGACGUUAAAUGUGGAACUUGAAGAAAAACCCUCUGGAUGUAUGACUCUUUUGACAAAUGAGCAACGAGCAAAUGUGACAAGGUAUUUGGUAGUUAAUGAUUUUAGUUUACCUGGUCCAGGUGAGAAGAGUCGAAGUCUGAACAAGGAUGAACUCAUAUGCAACAUGCGAAUAGUUCCUGAAAGUGGAAGGGCUAACUUUGUUUACCACUGUUGUCAUAUUGAUUCAGAUGGUAACAUGUUCUGUGAAGAUGUACACCGAGAUUUAUGGAUCAACGUUCUUCUGACUUGCAUUUUAAUUAUCAAGGUACUGGUUGUUCUUUAUAGUCCUUCAUUCAUCCCUGAAACUCUUUACAGAAAGAAGUUCACUGCUACAGAUUAUACGUACUCAAUUCCUAGCCAUAAUGAGAGAAUUAAGAUUGUGACGACCUCUAGGAGUAAUGUCUAUCCCAGUGAAAUCCCUCGAGUCAAAUUUGGUAAGCUUGAAGGAUUAAACACACUUAAGGAUUCCCUUACAAAACUUCAGACUGACAAAAUAUAUGAACUUAGUGACAUUCACCUCUCCGUGGAAUCAGGGAAACUUUUGUCGGAUAAUUAUGUGCCUGUUUCUGUUGUGAAGAUGUUAUAUGAAAAUGUAUUUCGCUGCCAUAUUAGAAGGAUCCCUUUCCUUAAAUCCUGCUGUGAUGCUGGAAUGUGUGACUUUACAAAUGGUUGUAAAGUCUUCACCUGGUACAGAUGCAUGAGAAUCUUUGCUAAACUGGUCCUGCUGGGUCUCCUGGCUGUCCCAUGGAUUAUUCGACUGAUAGUGUAUUACACAUACGAAGCAGAUAUAGCAGAACAGAAACGUCAGGCUGCAGAACGCUUGGAAACACGGAUGCAGUUUAACGGCAGUUUUAUACAAUAUCUUACCCCACUACAUUGGUUUUUUGUUGCUGUGUACAUAAUUGUCUUGGUGGAUUUCUUUGUAUAUGGAAUCGUUAAACAAUCUAUGAAAAAUCGGUUCAAGUUUAUACUAAGAAAAUCUUUGCAGGGUAUGCGUGAAAGGUCUGAUUUUAGCGCCUAUGGAUGGACAAUUGGGCUCGCACUUCUCCCCUUCAAGAGAUUUGGAAUAAUUGGUUUUCUUCUGGUUCCACUUUACUGGAUCAUCCCCCUGCCUAUUGUGGUGCCCCUCCUUGCUUUCUACACCUUCCCAGCUCUUAAUUUCAGCAUCCGGCUCUUUAUAUUUGUGUGUCCCCAUAGCGUUGUGAACUCUUUCAAGAAAUUGUUUAAUUUCAUGAAGCAAACAUUAAAUUUGAAAGAUAUAGAUGAUGAAGAGUUUGGGGGAAGGACGGAUAAGACAAAAACCGAAGUUCUUAUUUGUCUCUUCAUCAUUAUCGUAUGUCUGACAUCCUUCUGGUCCUUAACCUUCUUGUUGAUGGAGUGCCUGACAUUCUUCGUGGAAGUUGGCGUGUACACCUUGAUGGGCAUCAUUGUUAAUUCGCGAGCUACAAUGCAAUAUGUUACUGUACUGUUCCUCAUCGGGUUGUAUGCCAAAACAUCCUUUAAUGCAGUCUAUGAGAAGUAUCUGACCUACCAUAAGAUCAUCAGAGGUCAAUUGCUCAGCUUGAAACAUGAUGAAAUGAAAGAAAUAGCUAAAGGUGAUCCUGAUGCCCAAGAAAACACAGUUUUCCGAGUCCGCAGUUCCGAUGCUACUGCUGACAACACUUCAGGAAUUGGACUGGACAUGACGGACGGUAGUCUAAGAUGGAAGACAAAAGGCCUUCUUGUGUUCCUCAACAGCAUGGAUCGUUCCUUUACACCAGAAAGGUUCUUUUUUGAGACAAUUAAUAUGAAUCAUGAUGGUUGCCCUGGGAAACUGUGGAAGAAUACCUGGGUUGCAUUCUACAGCUUCAUGAAGAUCAUGGUAUUCCUAUUUUUUGUAGUGACUGUGGUGCUUGCCUUUGGUACCCAGUUCUCCACAACUAACCAAAUGUUGGCUACUCUCGCUGGAGGAUUUAUUCCCUUUGUCUUCAGGAAAUUCUUCAUCAGUGGAUCUGGCUCAUUGACCGUCGAUACAGAAAGCAUUAUGUUUCUAGCAGAAUUCAAUAAAACCAUUGCGGAAUAUACCCAGAAAUGGUCUGUUGCAGAUAAACGCCUCACUGUAUCAGUUGAUGAGGUGAAUCCCAUGGAAAAGGAAGGAAGUGUAGAAGAAGAUGUGAAUAAAGAUAGCACGAAUAAAGAACACUGUGUGAAGACUGAGGACACUUCCUCACCUACUUAUAGAUACAUCGACAUUGUAGUAGAAAUUGAUUCCAAAGACGUUGGAUUGGAACACAGUGAAGUGCAUAUAGAGAUGAGAGAGUCAAAGUUGAACCAAGAUUCUGGUUAAAUGCUAGUACAUGCUAAAUCCAAGCAUCGGUAGAGAGCUUACAUAUGAUCAUCUCAUAUAUGAAUGGGUACCCGAUAGGAUGAGAUGGCAGUGUGUUUAUUAACCUUCUAGCGCCUCACAGGCAGCUUGGGUUGUACACUCCCCAGGGAGCUGAGAAUGAUCGUUUAGCGCUUUGUGCUUGCGCCUGUGUGGGAUAUAGUGCAAUAUAAAUAUACCUAUUAUUAUCAUGAUUAUUAUUAUAGUUAUUAUUAUUACUGUUGUUAUUGUUACACAAAUACACAAGAGAUCUGUCAUAUUUGAUUUGUAAUGUUUGAAAUAUGAACCGAGGUGUAUUCAUUGAUCCUUGGGAUGUUUCCAGAUUAAUAUCCAAAUCCAGUACUAAAAUCUGCUUGUGGUGAAUUGUAAUUUAAUUCAAUGCAGGAAAUUGUUAGUACCUAUAGUUAACUAAAUGUUACUUGCAGGUAUACGAGAAAAAUAAUACAUUCUUAUCAAAAGCGAGGAUUGUCUGAUUGAAUUUUAAUUCUCCUCAGAGUGGUGUGGAAUACACUUUUUAGCGCAAGUAAAGGAACCGUCGUGUAAGGUAUGAUUUAAGUAUUAUAGCGGCAGCUGUUAAAUGUAAUUAUGUUAUUCAAUAUAAUACAGACUGACUAUCCGAUCUAAUUUAAUCACCUGGUACGACCAGCAAUGGGAUGCAGGGGAUCUAGUCUAACCAGGCUCAACACGGGGUUCAGACCUAUCAAGUAUUCGUAGCAAUAUUACACAAACUGGCGUUCUUAAUAAUCGUUUAUAAUAAUCUAUAGGAAAAUAUAGUAUCUGAACUUAAUUGUCAAGAGUCUACAGCUUACAACAUACCAUUACUAUUUUAACAACAAUAAGUGUUGUUGUUUCACAUUGUUCUGGCUCAGCAUUGUCAAGUGUACUAUCUGACGUUUGAGGAAAACAAAACAAGGAAGUUAUUCGUAUUCAAAUUGUUCACAUCACUUCAUCUAUCAGGAAAUUUCCUCUCCAGCUUAUGUAUAACGAAACCUGUCCAUUGUGUAAGGGUUGUGUUGACAUGAGUUCUUAUAACUAUUGUAAGAAUGAUGUAGGGACCGACCAUUAUAUUGUUAUCAUGUGUACAAAAUAAUAAUGUUUGUGUAAAAGAGUCUACGUUAUAAAAAAACAAGACUGUAUAUUUCGAACAGCUGCUCAAUGUUCAUUGUUAUUUAUGUGUAUAAUCAUAAUAUCACGGCCUACGCUCCUCGGUAGCUAUUUAUUCUUUCGAAAUCAGA